AUUCGUUCUUUGUCCAUGCUGCAAGGUGUUUCCAGUAUGAUAUCUGCCUGCGACGCCAAAAAUUUGGAAGAUCAACAACUGAAAGCACAAAUCAAUGACACUACUGGUCAUCUUAUGGACAAUCACAGUCAGGGGCCUCGAUUGAAUAUAGAGAACCCGACUUUUGAGAAUCAAAUGUCACAAAAGGUUCUUGAUCGGGUAAGGGUGGAAUCCACAAGCACCUUAUCAGGUACCUUGGUAGAUGGUGUAGAUGACUUUGCUUCUGCUGGUGUGGCUGUAACUAAGGUUAAAAAUGAGAUGUUUAAUGACUUCAAUGAAGAUCUUGAUCAUGUUCCAUUGAUAGAUCGACUAAGGAUGCUGCUAUCAAGGCGAGCAUUGGGUUUGACAAAUCAUGUGGAGCGUGGUUCUGGUGUGCCAUCGGGAGAACUUUUACAUUGCUCCUUGAAACAGAGGGAGAAAUCCAUGUUUGCUUGUGAAGAACUGAUGGAAAUUGAAAAUGUGUUGCAUGAUAGAACUGGAAGUCAUGCUCCUCGUCUUUGCAGCCCUUCAGUAGUUUGUUCACCUAAUGCAACUCUUCCGGCAUCAUAUUUCUCAAGCAACCAUUCUUCGAACAAAUCUACCGAAUCAGGCGAUGAUAUGGAACUUAAAAAAGAUAAGAUCUGCUCAACAGAGAAGGUAGCUACAAAAUUAGCUUCACAGCCUUUGACUGAUCAUGUUCCUAAAGCAAAUUUAUUGAGUUCCACGAAAGUGAAGGAUGAACCUUAUGGUCAUGUGGAUGACUGCAACAUAUAUGGUAAGGAUACGAAUAAUGUCUGUAGCAACACUGUGUUGAUAAAGAGUGAAACAACCAUUCCUGAUGAACAUUAUGAAAAUAAGUUGGACAAUAUGCGAUUGCAAGAUCGAAUGAAGUUUUUCUCUUCUCGGAAGGUUUUUGGUUUUACAUCUAUGGAUUAUGAGCAUCCAAAACCUUCUGACCCUGGAUGCAGCAUUCUUGUUCCAGAACCUGGUAGUUUUAUGAACAUUAAAGGGAGACGCAAACGGAAAAAAACUGCCACGAAUUCAAUUGAAACAGCACUGGAGGAAGACGCUCCUGGCCUUCUCCAGAUACUAGUUGACAAAGGUGUUCAAGUUGAUGAAAUCAAGCUUUAUGGGGAGAUUGAAACUGAUGAUGAUCUAGAUGAGUCUUUUAGUGAAGACAGCUUUGGUGAGCUUGAAGAUGUGAUCUCGAGGUGUGCAUACAUGUGUGGGCAGAAUGGAGUUUUUUAUGGUAUUAGAAGAGUAGUGAGGAAAUUUGGGCUUUUUUCUCAACGCCAUUCCUUUUUGAAGUUUCCCUCUAUAAGAUGCAUGAAAAGUUCAAGAGCAAGCUAUUGCUUAGCUUGUCUAGUUUCACUUAUUGAGCAGACAAGAUAUCUUCAUUUCCGAAACUGGCCUGUUGAGUGGGGGUGGUGCCGGGAUCUCCAGUCUUUUGUAUUUGUAUUUGAGAGACAUAAAAGAAUAGUGAUGGAACGUCCUGAGUAUGGCUUUGCAACAUAUUUUUUUGAGCUUGUGGAUUCCUUACCCGUCAAUUGGCAGAUAAAGCGGUUGGUGAUUGCCAUGAAGCUUACGAGUUGUAGCAGAAUUUCACUACUUGAAAACAGACCACUAUUGGUUGGGGAGGAUUUGACUGAAGGCGAGGCAGCGGUUUUAUUGAACUAUGGAUGGAUGCCAAAUAGUGGCUUGGGUACAAUGCUGAACUACCGAGGUAGAGUCGUUCACGACCGGAAUAAUGAGGACAUCUCCGAAUGGAGAUCAAAAAUAGGGAAGCUAUUGAUGGAUGGUUAUAAUGGCGGAGCUCUUGUGCAAGAAAAUACUUCAAAGAAGGUUGCAGAAUACAGCAGUUUCCAAACCACACAAGUUAAACUGGAACUCUGAUUGCUGUUAGUUUCUCAUAGUUUACUGUUUGCGUACAAUUUGUACAAAUAUUCCAUUUGCUCUGAAAGUUCAGAAUAAUUUCAAUCUGUCCAAGCUUGUUCAUGAAUCUGAAGUGAAGAAUAAUUAAUUCUCAUUUGUAUAUGAAUAAAAUGACUCAGCUACAUAGUUGGAACGUGGCUGUUUGUUAUUAUGUUAAUUACUUCUUCAAUGUUCAUUCUAAA